GCAAGAAUCGAGAAUAAAGAGCUGAGAAUGGGAUUCAAGUCCUCUGUCUUACUAUAAUCUAAAUUCUUGGAUCCAUGCGAUCCUCUCUGCGGUCUACUACGGCAUAAUUACCCGAUCCUGAACUCGUCAAGGGUGAUUAAAUUUUAGAUUGACGUUGCUGUUUUUGGGUUGAAGGUUGUGGGUAUUGGGGUUUUAGAUAAUGUCGAGUAAGAAGGAAGAGAAAGCUCAGGCUGCGGCUGAGAGGAUCAAGGCUGCAGCAUUGAGUGCUGCAAAAGGUCUUAGUCGUGCUCAGGCUGAAAGGGCUGCGGCUGCAGCUGCCAGAAAUGUCAAUGCUUAUGGGCAGAAGGAAGAAGGGCCUAGCCGAUGGCAAGAGAAAAGAGAAGCCAAGCGGCAGAUGUACUUGAUGAGUACAGAAAAACAAGUGAUAUUGGGUGAAAGAAAAGACCUCAAGCGUACUAUGACCGCUGUUGGUGGCACUUCUCAGUGUCAGAAAUGUUUUCAAACUGGACACUGGACUUUCGAGUGCAAGAAUGAAAGAGUUUAUAUGACGCGUCCCUCAAGGACACAGCAGCUUAAGAAUCCUAAAUUGAGGAUGAAACUUUCUAUCUCAUAUGAUCUUGAGAAUCCGGAUUCUAAGGAGGAGAAUGGUAAAUCAUCUAAGAAAAGUAAGAGGAAGCAUAGAUCAGAUUCUGAUUCUGGAAGUGAUAGUGAGGCUUCGGUUUUUGAGAGUGAUAGUGGGUCUUCGUCUGUGACAGAAACAGAAUCUUCCUCAGAGGAAGAGAGUUCAGAUUACAGCUCAUCAUCUGAUUCCGAGGAAAAGAGGAGGCGGCGGAGGAAGAAAAAGCAGAAGAAGAAGGAGAGGCGUAGGAGGUAUAGCUCAACUUCGGAGUCGUCUGACUCUGAUUCAGGUUCAGAAUCUGAUUCCGAAGAUAGGAGCAGCCGGAGGAAGAGGAGGCACAGCAGAAAGCGCUAAAUGAGGUGGUCAGAAGCAGGAUAGAUCAACGAAUCAUAUUGGCUUCACUGUUAUCUGCACUUUCAUUAUAUCAAGCAGUUUAAGCUUAUUAGAUGAGAACAAAAAUAAGUUAGCAGAUGUGUUUGUUUUUCAUUUCUGUUACUUCUCGCUUUGUGAUGUAAUACUGCCAGUUUUCUUUACAUGUUGAACUUGUUAUGGGUAUUUUGAUGGGUUUGCCUAUAUUAAUGAACUGGAUUUUGCAUGGAA